GAUCAUGUCCCUGAGCAAUGCUCUGAUGUAUGAGGGCCGACUGGAGUGUGGCUCUGAGAGGACGGCGAGCGCAGUGCUGCAGCUGCCCGGUAGAGCUCAGGUUGAGAAGGAGCUGGACCUGUUUGGGUGUCAGCCGCAGUAUAGCACUUGGGUCCAGGCUGCGCUGGAGCCCAAUAGUCCUGUCUGUUUCCUGGACAUGUCUGAGGUUCCCGCCCCUGAGACGGUGGAAAAAAAUGGCAUCAGUAACCACACGGAAGCUAUAUUGGUACAAGCCCUUGUCACUUUGCUGCUCAAGGCUGGAUGUAGAGCAUCUGAUAUUGGGGUCAUUGCUCCAUAUCGACAACAGCUAAAAGCCAUCUCCAGUCUGCUCCAGGGAGACGCCUUUAAAGCUCUGGAAGUCAACACUGUGGACAAAUACCAAGGACGUGACAAGAGCGUCAUCAUUGUGUCCUUUGUUCGAAGCAACCCUGAAGGCAAUCUGGGUGAGUUGCUUCAAGACUGGCGCAGGCUGAAUGUGGCCAUCACUAGAGCCAAACACAAGCUCCUCAUGCUGGGCUCAGCAUCCACCCUUCGCCGGUACGCACCGCUAGAGAAACUUCUCUGCCACCUUCAACAGGAAGAUAUGAUCUUCCAGCUGCCUGCUGCUGCCCAUGAGGCACUACCCGGAAUCCACUUGUGAUAAAAAACAAAAACCUCUUCUGAUCCAUAUAGUGUACGUCAAUAUAGUGCUGUGAAACUUUUACUCGAAGAACAUUUAAGUGAAAUGGUAUACAUAAGCUUCAGAUGACUAUAGACGGUUUUAAUAAUAGAUGCGAAGUUUAAUAAUAAAUCACUGCUGACAGGCCCUAGUACAUAAUUACACUCAUGAGUUUCUUUACUCAAUUCCUACCUCAUGUUGCAUAUUUUUUUAAUUCAUUA